AUGGACAGUCAUGGUGGACCUCGCUUUCAUCUCCGCGAAGGGCUGCGAGCUAGAGGAAGAAGACCAGAUCGCGCGAAGGGGGAAGAGGAAGAAGAAGAAGAAGAAGAAGAAGAAGAAGAAGAGGAGGAAGAGAUGUCGCAGGCAUUGUGCGAUGCACCGAGCGCGCAGGGGGAUCUACGCUACAUCAAGCUGGUGAGCGGGCAUUCCAUCCCCUCCGUGGGGUUGGGGACAUGGAAGUCCGCCUCCUCCGAAGCCUCCCACUCGGUCUACACUGCCAUCACCGAGGCUGGGUAUAGGCAUGUGGACACAGCUCCACUAUAUGCGAUUCAAGAAGAGGUAGGACGAGGUCUCCAAGCUGCUUUGCAAGCAGGGAUACCAAGAAACGACCUGUUCAUCACAUCAAAGUUGUGGCAUGUCCUCCAACCUCACUUUUCCUAAUCUACUGACAACGGAUAAGGAUUGGAAUCGAC